AUGGAAGUCCAACAGCGAUUCUUUGCGGCUCAGUUCAAGCUUGCGGAAGAGACGCAGCUCCCCAUGUUUCUUCACAUGAGGGCCGCCGCCGCAGAUUUUGUUAGAAUUCUCAAAGAGAACGUUGGCAGUUUCAAUGGGGGCGUGAUGCAUUCAUUCACAGGGACAGACGAUGAGCCGAGCGACCUCCUGCAGAUCGACAACGUGGCCAUAGGAGUGAACGGCUGCUCGAUGAAGACUGCGGACAACUUGGCCGUCGUGGCGCGCAUCCCCGCCGACCGCUUAAUGGUGGAGACCGACUGCCCGUGCUGUGACAUCCGAUCGACACACGCGAGCAAGCCACUGGUUCGAACCGCGUUUGAAGCCAAAGACAAGAGGAAGCACAGCGGGUCGUGCAUGGUGAAGGGAAGGAACGAGCCGUGCACAGUGAGGCAAGUGAUGGAAGCCGUCGCCGCGGUGAUGGGACAGGAUGAGGUGCUGUUGUCGGAGACCGUGUGGCAGAACACGACAGAUAUGUUCUUUGCCCCUUCGGCAAAAUAG